AUGAAGGGCUGGAAGCUCCCCAUCAAAAGCAAAAAGGGUAAAUCCCAGGAGGUUACUGACGCCCAUGUCCCAAGACCCCCAAAGGAGAGCCCAGCCCACAAAGAACUCGUCAGGGCAGGCAAUGCCUUGUUAUCCGUCGCUUUGUCACACCAGCCAUCUCCAUCGAAAGGUGACACACAUACUGCACCCGAACAAGAACAGACAGCGGGACAUGAAGAAAGGAUUGCUAAAGCCUUGUGGGACCGAGUGCUACUGAAAGUAAAGGAAUCAAAAGACCGAGAUGCCAUAUAUCUGAUCGACGAAAUCGAGAAACAUGUUCCCCAGGAUGGGUCCUCUAAUGCCAGACCGAUAGUCAUGACAGACUUGGUGUCAAGCGUCAUGGAGGUGAUGGAGCAGCAAUUUAAGGAUAAGCAUGGUCAUAAUUCGACAUCUGCCUAUGUUGAAAAGACUAUUUCCAUGCUCAACCAGUUCAUCUCAGUAGGUGAUGUUGCAGUCAGCUAUGAUCCAGUACAUGCAGCCCUCCCAUGGGCUGCUGUACGAGUGGUCCUUGUGGGCAUUACAUCGAACCAUCAGCUAAACAUGCAAAUAUUGGGAGGUCUGGCUUCUGUCACCUCACUACUUCUGCAAUGCAACAUGUAUCAAAGGUUAUACUUGACCUCCAGCUCUGUCACCGAUGGCAUCAAGGAGGCCCUAGAGGCUCUUGAAGAAUCCCUAGUCGACUCAUACGCAAAUUCUUUGUCUUUCGUCAGCUUUCUGUACUCUCAUAGAAACAAAUCCAUGGCAAUUAUGGCUCCAUUCUUACUCAACGACGUGGAGAAGAAAGUUAAAAGUCUGGACGAGAGCAGUUCCCAACUUACUAAAUGCGCAGACAACUGUGAAAGAUUUUUUUCUCUCAAUCAGAACAAAUCUUUCGAAAAGCUUUUUGAGCUCAUUGGUAAAUUACAGCACUCAUCAAAUUACCACUUAGUGCUACUCGAAAGCAUACAAAGAGAAUUCAUCCUAAGCAAGCUUCAAGUUGCUCAAGGAGCAGCUUAUGAUGACUUUUCAGAAUCAUCCAGAGAUGAAUGUCACCCUGGCACGCGGAUCGAAAUACUUGACACCAUAUAUAAAUGGGCAACCGAUCCCGAUCCAUCUAGCCCUUCCAUUUUCUGGUUACAAGGGUUGGCCGGAACGGGCAAAUCAACCAUAGCGCAGACAGUAGCAAAGAAUUUUGACGGGAAAAGUUUGGGCGCGAGUUUUUUCUUCAAACGAGGCGAGGGUGACCGCGGAACGGCUCGGCGGUUCUUUGCAACGAUUGCGAGCCAAAUGAUCCGCAAGCAGCCUAUUAUGACGCAGGUCCUCCAUAGCAUACUUCAGGAAGAACCUGAGAUAGGAGACAAACUGCUGGAAACUCAGUUUCGAGAGUUGUGGCUUCGUCUUCUCAAGGAAGCUCAUAUGGAGCCGACCCCGGAGCGGAUGACAAUUGUGGUCGUUAUCGACGCACUCGACGAAUGCGAUCCACCCAAGGAUGCAAAGCUUUUGAUCAAACUACUAACGGCGCACAAUAUAAAUUCUCCUGUUGUAACCAAGAUUUUUCUUACCAGCAGACCAGAAUAUCAUAUAAACCAACAGUUCAACAUUACAGGCAGUAUCCGUCAGAAUAUGAUACUGCAUCGGGUGGAAGAGACUAAAAUCCAGAGCGACAUUAGGAUUUUCUUGGAGAACGAUAUAGAGGAAUACAAAACCCAGUAUAACCAAAAUGAAGAAAAGAUGAAGCAAGGUCAACGGCUUCCAUUGGACUGGCCUGGAAAAGGGAUACUCAAUCGGCUAGUACGGAUGGCGAGUCCUCUCUUUAUCUCUGCUGCAACAGUAUCUCGAAUGCUCAGAAACGAGCAGUGGCCAGAGACACCAGAUCAAAAGAUUGCACACAUAUUGGAGUUCAGCACAAGGGGGGAAGGCCAUGUGGAAGACUUGUACUGUUCCAUUUUGGCUCAAAUCAUGGACAGAAUUCCCAUUCAUGCCAGAAAAAAGUUUACCGCCGAGUUUCAGAAAAUUGUUGGGUCGGUUGUUCUUCUUACCAGCCCUCUCUCUAUUUCCGCUCUCUCCGACUUGACUGGGUUUCAAAAGAGUGAAAUAUACAGCAAAUUGAACCCCCUUUCUUCUGUGUUGGAUGUCCAAUCUGCGGAUACGCCGAUCAAAUUAUUCCAUCUUUCAUACCGGGAUUUUGUAUUGGAUGAGAAUUCGUUUAUUGGCGAGAACGGCAUGUCCUGUCGAGGUCUGCGAAUCGAAGAAGCAACCAUUCAUGCGUGGUUAGCCAAGCGAUGUGUACAACUGCUAUCGACGGAUUUGCAUAACGAUAUCUGCAAUCUUCAGGAUCCAGGCGUGAUCAGAGAGGAAGUCGAACAGGACACAAUUGAAGAACAUUUACCCCAAGCUAUAGCAUACGCAUGCAUCUAUUGGGUACACCAUGUGCAGGAGGGAAAGAUGGUGCUCCAAGAUGGAGGACCAGAGCAUAAAUUACUUGAAACCAAGAUGCUAAAUUGGAUCGAAGCAUUGACCUGGCUUGGAAGAAUCAAUGAAGGGGUUGAGCUCAUACGUGCCUUGAAGACACUUGCCGAUAUUCAUUCUCUCUUUUAG